AUCAUAGAGCCAGGGAAGGUAAUAGCAAAAUGCACCACCGAAUUUACCACUUGGAGCCAUGGCCCGGCCGGGAGCGGUACUGCUGCUGCUCCUGGUGACGUCAGCGGCCGCGGUCCGGUACCGCUGGCUGGACCCGGUGUCCCUCCAAGGUCCGGCUGUACAGAUACUCUCUGCUGAAUCGGAGAUCGACUGCGGUCUCCUGUGCGAGGAAGCUUCUCCUGAAGAGUGCAGCGGCUUCAUCUACGGACCCGAUGACGGCACGUGCCGGCUGUUCUCUGGCGACUGCCGCGGUCCGGCCAUCGUCAGCUCUCAACAGACCACCGAACGCUACAUGGCCCGGUCCAAAUGUCCCGGCAACACAUCCGAUCCCUGCGCCUGUCCGGCCGGCUUCAUCCGCUGUGCCGGCCGCUGUCUGAAGCGACUGGACCUGGCAGUGACCUACACUGAAGCGGAGAGCCAGUGCGCCGCGCUGGGCGCCCACCUGGCCGUGCCCCGUUCUGACGAGGAGAACCGAUGCGCCAUGAUUGCCGCUGGCGGCACCACUGUCUGGCUUGGUCUCACCGACGUCAUCACCGAAGGCCAGUUCGUCGGCGCCGACGGCUGUGGCACCGCCCUGUCCACCGAUCCCUACUGGGGCGAUCACCAGCCCAACAACAUGAACGGAAACCAGUACUACAUUGUGAUGGGAGUCGUGUCGAACGGGCAGUGGAACGCGAAGUGGAAUGAUCAAUGGGGAAGUGAGCUAUUCAGCCCCCUCUGUCAGCUGCCGCUCUGUUAUCGACCCGACUGCCAGUGAAGGAAUUCCUUCAUUGCCAGUGAAGGAAUUCCUUCAUUUUCGGAGUUACCGGUUCCAAGGCGAUAAAUCCAGGUGGCGUCACGAGAGAAUGUUGACAUCAUGUGUGAACUUCUACGGGAGUAAAAACAAGCAUUUUUUAAAUAGUUCUAGACAUUGAAAUUAUAUUUUUCGUUAAAAUGA